CCUCUUCAACGCCAUUGCAUUUGCUGCCCCUGUUUUUCCGCUGGCUGCUUCAGCCAUUCUCAUUAAGAAGAAUUCAACGAAGAAAAAGAAAACCAGAGACACUUUGUUCGACUUUUUGUUGUUUUCGUCGUCCCUAUAAGCGUGGUCAUGGGAGUCCUGUUUUUGGAUGUCAUAGCUGAGAAUAAUUGUCGGGGAAGGAGGAGGAGGAGAGGAGAACCUCUUUCCGUCGCAUUGUUGUCCUUCUUGCUCUUGAUCCUGACCCUUAUUUGAGUUUCUUGGGUAGGAUCUGUUUUUGGUGGUGGUCAGAUAAGUUCCGCCAGUUCAAUCAGGCUUCUUCUUGGUCUAUGUGAUAGUUUCUGCGGUCUCGAUUUCUGAUCGUAUCAGUCUUUCUUUGUUUCUGCUCUUUCUUUUGGGGUAGAAACUGCCCGUGCUUUUUUGGAAUUAAACAUUCAAUCCGCAGAAUGGAAACGGAUUUCUUGAUUGGUGUUUGGCUAUGGAGUAUGUAUGUCAUUUUGGUUUUUGGAUUGGGUGUAAUUGUGCUUGGGGAUUAGGGGUUUGUGGCGUUCUUGGAUUAUCUGAUGCCUGAAGAAUUGUUUGGACGAUUUCUCGAUAAGUUGGGGAUCGGUUGACUGGCUUUCUCUUGUCAUCCGAACUGAUAAUUUCCUUGGAUUGAUUGGUUUCUCUUUUGAUUUGUGCACGAAACUGUAAAUAGCUUAAGCUUAAGGAUUGUUGCUCCUUUGUCGUUGAUGAUACUUUGAGCUUCUCCACAGAGAGUUGUUUUGGAUUUCUCAAGGAGGUUCUAACUGCUGUAUCGAAAUUUUAGUAGUAGAGGAACUAACGAAGACAGGCGAAUUUGGUUGUAUCUUAGUAGGUCUGCUUGCUGACCGGUUGUGUGAAUGUAAGCAUUUUCGUUGAGUGUUCAUUCACACCGGCUAAUCUUCGUAACUUAUUUUGUGCAAUCUAUCAUCUCGUCACCCUCUUGGUUUUAACUGAGGCUUGUUCCUAUACCUGCAUAGUUUUUCUCCGUUGAACACUCAAGCUUGUAAUUCUAAAGAUUCCUUGUUUUGCUUUCGCGGGAUUCAACUUUAAACCUCCAUAUUUUUCUACGGAAGGUUGGGUUUGUUUAUCCUUUUGUGCCAUCCUUUUUUUUCCACUUCUUUGGAGAACGAAGGGUCUUGCUUUAUCAUGAAUGACAGCAGCUUCCAUCUAUAUGGAUAUUUAGAUAGUUCUCUUUCCCAUUUGUUUGAGAAAGUGAGAUCUUGGCUAAAUUUGAAGAGUGAUUUGGCUGAUUGUUCUGGGAAUACUUGCACUUGUCAUGAGGUCUACAACACGUGCUUUGAAUGCAAUUUACCUUGUGUGGCGUUCAACCAUGGAAGGCGAUGCUGUGUCUGCGGCAGGCCGUUUUGUGCAGGAUGUAUGCAGAACAGCACGGUUUCUUUGAAAAAUUGUAAAUCAGAAAUCCGUUUAGGCAAUAUGCAGUUCACCACCACAUUGUGUAAGCUGUGUCUUCGUGGUUUAGAACAGGAUGGGCAUGUGAAGCAAACUGAGAAUGACACCCUUAUGAAUGCUUCAGAAAAUAGUCUACAUUCUUCAUUUUCUUUCAGUGAGACAACUGGUGUUACUACCUUGGGUGGUGAUUCAGAAGUAGCUCGACUCUGUGGCGCUGAAGAGUGCAAAAAUGGCCUGGCCUGCAAACCUGAUAAUGCUAAUGGCAUUGGCAAUGUUGUACAUGAGCGAAAUUGUUCCUUGAAUAUAUUAAGUCCUGCAGAUCAGCUACCACCAGUGUCUCUUAGAUGUUAUGACAAGACUUAUGAUGCAGAAACAUGCGAUUGUACAGACCCUGAUGAUACCGAGAACUUCUCAACUCCAAGAUGUGAAUAUUAUCGAUUUAUUUCUGAUAUAGAUGCGAGUAGUACUUACACUAUAAGUGAUGUAUGUAGUUUCAAGUCAGCUACAUCGACUCCCUUUGACAACUCCUCUUUUACGGGCCUUAGCCCUGAGAAAGUUGAUUCACCUGUCCCUGAUUGUCAACUGGAAUAUGAAAAAUCCCAGGGUUACUUCCACCUACACCAAAAACAGGUGCAGACUUCAGGGAGGUCGAGAAAAAAUGUUGAGGAAAUCGAAAGUCCUGCUUGCAGCGUUGAUUAUGACUCUCAGAAUCAACAGCAGAAAUUUUUGUUGGUUUUGGACUACAAAAAUAAUGACAAAUUUUGGUUGCCUCCAGAGGAUGAGAAUGAGGAAACUGAAAACACUGUUUUCGAGUCUGAUGACGAGUUCUCUGGUACUACUGACUUACAGUUUUCAUCAAAUAGUGUUGGAGAUGAUAUUGUGAAGAAAAAAGACAAACUGAAUGAGCAGCACAAAGAGUCUCUGAGAGCUGUGAUUCAUGGUCAUUUCAGGGCUCUUAUCUCACAGCUGUUGAAGGGGGAGGGUAUUGAUGCGGGGAGUGGCAAAAUAGAGGAUGGUUGGGUAGAGAUAGUUACUUCCUUGGCUUGGCAAUCUGCGAAUUUUGUGAAACCUGAUACAAACGAUGGUGGCAGCAUGGACCCUUGUGAUUAUGUAAAGGUUAAAUGCAUUGCAUGUGGAUAUCCAAGGGAAAGUGUUUUAAUAAAGGGGGUUGUUUUCUCCAAGAAAAUGAAGCACAAGCGGAUGACUUCACGGUACAAAAAUCCCAAGUUGCUUCUGCUUGGAGCACUGGAAUAUGAGAAGCUUCCAAAUCAGCUAGCAUCAAUUGAUACUUUGAUUAAUCAGGAGAUGGAUGAUAUUAAGAUGAAAGUUUCAAAGAUUCAGGCCCAUCACCCAAAUGUUGUCCUGGUGGAAAAGAGUGUAUCACCUCGUGCCAUAGAACACCUUCUGAGCAAGGACAUAUCCUUGGUCUUAAAUGUUAAAAGAUCAGUUCUGGAGCGCAUUGCUAGGACCACAGGUGCUCAAAUUAUCCCUUCAGUUGAUGAUCUUAUUUCACCAAUGUUGGGGCAAUGUGAGAUUUUCCGGUUAGAAACAUUUGAGGAAUAUCAAGCUACUGACACUCCUAACAAGAAACCGGCAAAGAAGACUUUGAUGUUUCUUGAAGGUUGCCCGAGACGCUUAGGCUGCACGGUCCUACUUAGAGGAGCACCUCGUGAAGAGCUGAAGAAGGUGAAGCACGUUGUGCAAUAUGCUGUCUUUGCAGCUUAUCAUUUAUUGCUUGAGACAUCCUUCCUUGCUGAUGAAGGUGCAACCCUGCCGAAUUUCCCUGUGGAACCCCCGACUGCUUUACCAGAAAAGCCAUUGAAUGUUAACAGAACCAAUUCAAUCUCUAGGUCAAAUGCCUACAUAGGCACUGUCCAGGCUGUUGAUAGAAUUCAAGCAUCUAGCUCGCUUAGUGAACUAACAAUUCCUAUUCCGAAGCUGGAAGUUCAAGCACAAAAUACGUGGACAUCAAGUUUCAAUUCAGAACAUGAAAUCCUCCAGUUACCGCAUGAAUGUGCUGAGUCAAGCUUCAUGUUUGCUUCAUCUCCUACAGCUUUAGAUUCCAAGACGGAUAGAGACAUGGAUAUGACUGUGCCUCCUGGAGGUCCUGAGGCUUUUGUUUCACAUGUAAUGCCAAGCUCAUGCCUUGAAUCUCAGUGUGAGAAGGUAAAGGAUUUGUUGGUACAUUCUUCUCAUGAUGCAAUUAUGACAGGGAUGCCUAAGGAGAUCUGGGCAGCGGAAGAAGGAGGUUUAGACAUUGCGAGCAAGAAUGAUAGUUCUGGUGAGAGAAUGAAAAUGAAUGCCAUUGAAGGAGAAAACCUAUCCCAAGAAUUUAUACCAAGAGUAGAGACAAAGCAAGGUAUAGCAGUUUUGUUUUCUAGACGAUGCUUGACCAAAGGAACAGUAUGUGAACAAUCCCAGCUCUUACGGAUUAAGUUUUAUGGUAUUUCUGAUAAGCCACUAGGAAGAUUCCUUCAAGACGAUCUCUUUAACCAGGCUUCACCCUGCAUGUCAUGCAGUCAACCAGCUGAAGCUCAUGUUAGACGCUACAUCCACGAGCAAGGUAGUGUAAGUAUGUACGUAAAGUGUAUCCCUUCAUUAAACCUUCCUGGAAAGCCUGAAGGGAAAAUAUGGAUGUGGCAUCGAUGUUUAAAGUGUGCCCGUAAAGACGGAGUUUCAGAGGCAAAGAACAGAGUCAUCAUGUCUGAUGCUGCCUGGGGAUUGUCUUUUGGAAAGUUCUUGGAGCUUAGCUUCUCAGAUAAUGCAACUGCAAAACGUGUUGCAAGCUGCAGCCACUCUCUGCAGAGAGAUUGCCUUCACUACUACGGGUACGGGGACACAGUUGCCUUUUUCUGUUAUGAUCCCAUUGACAUAUUCACCGUGUUCCUGCCAUCAUUACUCCUGGAAUAUAGAAGUCAGGUUCAACAGGAGUGGAUCACAAAGGAGGCAGCUGAUGUUUCUGAAAAAAUGAAAAUUCUUUACACUGAAGUUUUUGAUGCACUUCAAAGGAUGGAAGAACAAUAUACCACUGUUGGACCUGGUUCUGAGUCCAUGUCUCUAAAUGACUUCAUCAACUACAUGGCAGAACUGAAAAUUUUGAUCAGAGCCGAAAAAAGUGAAUAUGAUAGCUUGCUGCGAGGAGCUGCUAUUGAGAAUUGUUGUCAGGUGGUGUCAGGGGCAAGUAUCUUUGAGCUUGCUUACCUCAGGUGGUGUCUCCUAGUUGACUCGUACGUUUGGGAUCAUCGUCUCCAUACGUUGGACUCAUUGGUUAAAACAACAAGAUCCCCAACAAAGUUUGACCUCGGAAUUCAGUGCAUAAGUUCUUCUGCAUCCAAUAGUUGCACUGAGGCUGAUACAUCUCUUAGAGAUGGUGCCUUUGCUCCUCUACAUAACGGGAAUUCUCCAAAGUUCUGCAGUGCCUUGGACAAAUUCUUUGGUUUUCAGGAAAAUCUGCUUCUCAACCAUGAUUCCAGUGAUGUAGAUGUAUUCGAUUAUGUUAGAUCUACUGAAGGCAGUCCAUAUACUGAAGAUCCUCAAUCAGAUUCUUGUCAUCUCACUGAGGCAUCUGAAUCCAUGUCAUUAGAGUGUUCCAUUCUGUCUGAGAACAUAGAUGUUGCCUGGACGGGCUCCACAGAAUCUCUGAGUGGUCUGAACACCCAGGUGUCACCAUCAGAAGAUGCUGAGAAAUUUGGUUCCAUUUCCCGAGCAAAUCAAAUUGUUAGUGACCGUUGCCGGAAAGCCAUGGCUCCUGUGAGAGUUUAUUCUUUUGAUUCUGUACUGAGAUUUGGAGAGAGGAGUAGAAGAAGCCUUUUCCAUACCUCACCGGGUUUAUCUCCAGCCAAGUCCUUUCAUGUUUCAGGGGAUUGCGACAGCUUAGUUAAGACCCCGGUUCCAAACAUGCGGAAAUUCUACUACAGAGGCCUUCCUAAAACAUCUCAAAGAUUUGAUGCCAUCUUAAAUUAUACUCCAUCUUUUCUUACAUCUUCAUAUCACAUGUUAAGUGAAGGACCAAGCUUGCUGUUGCCAUCAACAGGUCGAAACAAUAUAGUGGUAGCUGUUUACGAUAAUGAACCUACAAGUAUCAUCACAUAUGCCCUUAGUUCCAAGGAGUACGAGUCCUUUAUAUAUGAUAAAUCAAUUCAUGUAGAUGGAUCUAAACCUGUUGAUGAAAAUAAUUUGGCCCAUAGUCAGAUCAACUACCAGAUAGGUUCUGAUGAUAUCCAGCUCAGAAGUUAUGGAUCUGAUGCCAGUGCCUUAUCUCCCAGACGACUUUAUUGUUCUGACUCACCAAAGUCACCACAUUUUAAGAUGUCAUUUGAUGGUGAUUCACUACUCCCCGGUGGCAAGGUCAGAUUUGCUGUUACAUGUUAUUUUGCAAAACAUUUUGAUGGUUUGAGGAGAAAAUGCUCUCCGAACGAGAUUGAUUUUUUGCAAUCUCUAAGCCGUUGCCGGAGGUGGAGGGCCCAAGGUGGAAAAAGCAACGUCUAUUUUGCAAAGACGCUGGAUGAGAGAUUCAUUAUAAAGCAGGUCACAAGGACUGAGCUGGCAUCCUUUGAGGAGUUUGCGCUGUAUUACUUCAAGUACUUGUCAGAUGCACUUAGCUCAGGUUACCCGACCUGCCUCGCAAAAGUCCUCGGCAUAUAUCAGGUUACAACAAAAUAUCUCAAGACUGGAAAAGAAGAAAAGAUGGACUUCAUGGUGAUGGAGAAUCUGUUUUUUGGAAGAACAAUUUCACGAACAUACGAUCUAAAGGGGUCUACCCGAUCACGUUACAAUGCAGACAAUUCUGAGGUUCUGUUAGACGAGAAUUUUCUGGAGGUGCUGCGGACAAACCCAAUAUUUCUUAGGAGUGAGGACAAGCACUGUUUAGAAAGGGCUGUGUGGAAUGAUACCUCCUUCUUGACGUCAGUGGACGUGAUGGAUUACUCGUUGCUCGUUGGAGUCGAUGAAGAGAGGAAGGAGCUGGUUUUGGGAAUAAUUGAUUUCAUGAGACAAUACACAUGGGACAAGCAUCUCGAGACAUGGGCGAAGACUGCUGGCAUUCUUCGCGGGCAGAAUUCCGAACCCACUGUUAUUUCACCCAAACAGUACAAGAAGAGGUUCAGGAGAGCCAUUGCCUCCUACUUUCUCAUGGUCCCUGAGCAGUGAUCCUCAUUGCCUGUCCUUCGUCCUUUUCUCGUACUGAGUUCGUGGUCUAAAAUUGAUCUUCAUGUAACCAAUAAGGAAUGCCAUUCCAUUGAAUAUGCCUGCAUCUUUUGUAAACAAUACAUGUAUCCAUGUUUCCAAUAUUUUUGCUCCUUUGAUUGCAUAAUUGUAUGAUAUUCAUUCGUCAGCAGGAGAUGUUACUGGCGAUAGCAGCAACAAUUUCUUAUUAUCCAAAUGUUGGUUUUUGUAAAGGUCAUGUUAAGGAAA